AUGGGUAUUUCAUGUAGCAAAAAAGUAACAAAAAGAGAUUAUAUACUGUUUAAAUUAAAAAUACAGCGUGAUAGAUUACAUAUGUAUCAAAAAAGAUCGGAAAAUUAUAUUAAAAAUAUAAAAGAAGCAGCAAAAAGAUCACUUGCACAAGGCGAUAAACAGAGAGCAUUGAACUUUUUAAGAGAAAAGAAGAACUAUGAAGCACUUUUUGAUAAGGCCCUUGCUCAUGUAGAGACAUUAGAAAAUCUGAUAUCAACCAUUGAAUUUGCAUUAAUUGAGGAAGAUAUUAUAUAUAUACUUGAACAAAACUCAUGUUUAUUAAAAGAGAUUAAUAAGAAGAUGUCAUAUGAAUCAAGUUUGAAACUUAUGGAUGAAACAAAAGAUGCUAUUAUUUAUCAAAAUGAUAUAAGCAAUAUUUUUUCAGAUUCGUUGGAAAAUAAAGAUGAUCAAUGUUUAGAAGAACUAAAAGAAUUGCAGCUUUAUAUACUUCCCAACAUUCCUGAUAAAAAGUUAUAUCAUAAUGAAGAAAUGAUAGAAGUACACAGAGAAAAUAACAAGCAAAAAGAGUCAUCUCAUAUAUUAUUAGCAUAA